AUGACUGCCGUUGCGUCUGUAGAUAUUGCUACCCUGAAGGGCAAGCUUCCUGAAGGAGAUGCAUUGGGUGUUGGCCUGGUAGUUGCUUAUGAUAAGAGUGGUACUGGUGCACUCCAGAAUACAACUGUUGGCUUAUCUGCUGCUUAUCACAAAGCAUUCGGUUAUGAAAAGCAACACACCAUCUCAUUGGGCGUACAAGGCUUACUGGUACAAAAAUCCAUCGAUUUUAAUGCACUCCGUUUUGAAGAUCAGCUGAAUCCCCAGACCGGGAAUAUUGAUCGCCCAACCGGUGAAAAUUUCCCCAAUAAAGAUCUUUCUUAUCCUGACUUCGCUACCGGCCUGAUGUAUUCUGGUCGUAUCAGCGAGCACAGCACUGCUUAUGCAGGUGUUGGCUACCAUCACAUUACCCGCCCGAUUCUCAAUAAAAAGAUCGAGCAGGCGAAAGCGCAAGAACCGGAACCGGCGAAAAAAGCAAGCGGCAAGGAAGAAAAAGGAUUCUGGGAUUCGAUGAUGGACAAUACGGUAUAG